AUGAAUUCUAAUAGUAUUUUAACUAUGGAUAGGCUAAUAAAUUUCUUAAUACAAUUGAACGAAUCACCCAUCGAAGCGUUCAAGAAAUGUCAGUUUGUGGGUAAAAGCUCUCAGCAACUUUCAGGGAUAAUUAUUGAUAACAUAUCAUACUUCACUCAUGAUAACAAUGAAAAUGGCAUUCAAAAUGCAAGCAAAGCCUAUAAUAACUUGUUAAAGAUUUUAAAAUUAUUAAGAAAAAAUUUUGGAUGUUGGAUUAUGACGAUUAGCUAUGGAAUGGAAUACUAUGACGGUGUAGAAAAUAGCACUUCACAUCUAAUUAAA